CCCUUUCAGAGGCUUGCCUUCAGUGGGAUUUGGCCUGACGGUACCGAAAACCCAGUGUGAGCCAGGCACAGAAGUGAAAUCAACGCCCAGUUCUGACUCUAGAAAUGUCAUAUCUGACUCUACAAAUGUCAAACCCUCUUAGUUUAAAGAAGUAGCAGAAUCAAAGAACCCGUCAUUGAGUUUGAGGCUUGAGAAAGAAAGAUCCCAGAAAAGCUUCUAAGAGAAGCAGCUUAUCCAGAAGCAUAACCAACAAGCUGAUCACUGGGCAGCUUCACAUGAUUGCUGGUGGGUCCAUAAGUGGGGAACAUGUCAGUCAAAUGUCGGCAACCCAGUGUGACAUCUGAACCUGCCCAAAUAUGGUUCCCAAGAUUCUCCUCCUGACAUUCCCCAAUUUCAGUAACUAUGAUCUGGAAGUCAGAAGGAGAAUGUCAGAUGGAGACUGCUGGAACCAGAGUUGAAUGGGUUCGAACAUUGCUCCCGCAAGGACUGCACACUCCUGUUUGCUUACAUUUUACUGACAUGUUCCCCACUUACACCCAACCAGCCUUGGAGAACAUUUUCCCCAGCCUUAAAAUAACUGCAUUCCAAACCGUCCAACAGUUAAGUGAAGGCUACCAAAUGAAACGCACUAGUUUCCCCAAAGGAGUGGAUUAGACAAAGAAAAAUCUCAUGUGACAAAUGUUGGUCAAAUUAUUUAAUGUAUUACGCAGAGGCUCUCUAAUACUAAUUAGAGUCUUGAGGCAUAAUGGCCAAGUGGUCAUGACACUUAACUGCAUCUCAGAAGACUGUGGGUUUUGCUUUGCAGUUUUUCUCAAAGGAAAUAACUGCCACCUGUCCACCAGGUUGUAAUAUUGGUUACUUGACUCUCUGGGGAAGUAAAAAUCUACAGGCUUUUGGGUCUUUACAAUAAUCCCUUUUUAUCAUAGGCUGAAGACACCAUAACCGAGACAUAGCCUCGGAGACCCCAUUCAGCCAUGUUACUAGGUGGGUAACUCUGGGCCAGUCACUUCUCUCUCACCCUAACCUACUUCACAGGGUUGUUGUGAGGAGAAACUCAAGUAUGUAGUACACCGCUCUGGGCUCCUUGGAGGAAGAGCCGGAUAUAAAUGUAAUAAUAAUAAUAAUAAUAGGUCUCACCAGAGGAGACAGACAAAGAGUGCCUCUCCCAUCAACAAUAUGGUGAGACAUAACUUUAAUAAAUCUAUACCGGAUCGGUUGUCGCCCGGGUCAACAAGGACCGCGCCAGGUGCUGGAGUCCCUGGACAUCUGGUGGCAAGUGGGCAACAGGACUCAGGAUCUUCAGUUGAGCAACCAGGGCUGAAGACAGCAAAGUUAAUGGAAGAAAUGUUGCUUAACCGAAAAAAAUAUACGGAAUAUGCCAACAAGGAAAUAAUGAUCUGCUAUUACAAGUCUAAUCCAACUAGAAGAGGUUAUUUAAAAAGAAUGUACCAAAUUUGGAAAGAGAAGCAUCCAGAUACAGAAAUAACAGAACAAAGGCUAGCAGACCAGAGAAGAUACAUAAUAAGAAAUAAAGUAUUCACAGGAGUUGAGCUGGAAGAACUGCAAAGAGCAACACAGGCUCAAGACAUGGAAGAAGAAUUACCACCAACUGAAGCAGUUGCUCAGGCGCAGGUGGAGGAGGUGUUGGAAAUAGAGGAUGCCACUGUUGCUGAACUGUUUCAAAAUCAAAACCAGGCAACCUCCCCUUUGCCUUCACCUCAAAAACACAAAUGCCGUUUAACAGAAAAGCAACAAGAACUAAAGCAAAAAAUAACUGAGCACAUGAACCAAACAACCACCAGGGUUCGACUUCCAGCUCUAAAAACAGUUGCCAAAAAACAACUUGCUCAGGUAUUAAAAGAUGCCAAUGCUGCACUUGCAGAAAUAACAACCAAUAAUUUGCAAGAAACAAACCAACUAAUGUACAGUGCAGCAACAAUAACAACACAAGAGCUCAGAUAUAAGAUCAAUGGACCUGUAAAAAAAGAAAGUAGUACAUCACCUAAAUGGAAGAUUAGAUUAGAAAAUAAAAUCUCCAGGCUUAGAUCAGAUGCUAGUAAACUGAAAGAUAUGAAAGACAAGAAGCUGAAGAAUAAAAACACCAAACAGUAUCUGAUCCAAAAAUACCACCUAGAUUCAAGGAAAAUUAGAGAAGUCCUGGAAAUAAUAAAGCAGCAAAUAACAGCAGUGUCAAAGAAGAUUAGCAGAUAUGAAGCCAGAACUAAACAACACAGGCAGAAUCUCCAAUUCCAGUCAAAUCAGAGACGUUUCUACCAAAGCAUAGAAGGAGAAACUGCAAGAAACAUAGAAACACCAAAUAAAGAAGAAACAGUGCAAUUCUGGGGGAAAUUAUGGGACAAUCCAAUAGAUUAUAAUAAAAAAGCAGGCUGGAUGAAAGAGGUCAAAAAAUGUAACCAACAAAUGCAAGAUCUAAUAAUAACACCAGAAUUAAUAAGUGAAAGAGCAAAGAAAAUUAAAAAUUGGACUGCUCCAGGCGACGAUGAACUGCAUGGCUUUUGGCUUAAACACCUAACAAGCCUUCAUAAACAACUAUCAAAACAGUUCAAUCACAUGUUGCAAGGAGGUGAUAUUGAACAAUGGCUAACAACUGGGAAAACUCAUCUCAUCAUGAAAGACCCAGCAAAAGGUGCAGUUCCAAGUAAUUAUAGACCGAUAACCUGUCUGCCAACCAUGUUCAAAUUAUUAACUGGAAUAAUAGCAGAUGAAGUGAUGCAAAACUUAUUAACUAACAAACAGCUUCCAGUUGAACAGAAAGGAAAUUGCCCGAACACCAGAGGCACAAAAGACCAGCUGCUGAUUGACAAAAUGAUUUUAGAAAAUUGCAAGAGAAGAAAAACCAAUCUAAGUGUUGCAUGGAUUGACUACAAGAAAGCCUUCAAUUCAUUGCCUCACACAUGGAUACUAAAAUGUUUAGAAACAACUGGUGUCAGCAAAAACAUUCAGAUAUUUAUUUAAAAAGCAAUGAGCAUGUGGAGUACGCAGUUAACAAUCAAUGGUGAGACACUUGGAUAGGUUAGCAUUAGAAGAGGCAUUUUCCAAGGGGACUCACUAUCCCCUCUGUUGUUUGUAAUCGCCAUGACCCCACUUUCACAAAUACUCAACAAAACAGGCCUUGGAUACCAAACAUCUAAAACAUCCAGUAAAAUCAACCAUCUGCUGUACAUGGACGAUCUGAAGUUGUAUGGAAAGUCCCAGUCAGAAAUUGAAUCACUGCUAAACACUGUCCGUAUAUUCAGUAGCGAUAUAGCAAUGGAGUUUGGACUAGACAAGUGCGCUGCAUUAAUAAUGAACAGAGGGAAAACAACAAAAACAGAAGGAAUAGAACUGCCCAAUGGAAGCAAGAUCAAGAACCUGGAAGAGAAAGAACCUUACAAAUACUUGGGCAUUCUCCAGGCUGAUAACAUUGCACACACUGAAGUUAAAAGAAAAAUUGGAAGUGAAUACAUCAGGAGAGUUAGAAAAAUCCUCAAGUCCAAACUCAAUGGUGGGAACACCAUACAAGCCAUAAACACCUGGGCUAUAGCUUAGGGGUGUAUCCGAACCGGUCCAGAGGCCAUUCUGAAGGCCUCCGAACUGCCGGACCGGUUUGGACCUGGCCGGUCUGGGUCCGGGU